UUUAAACAGAACAUCGAAGAUUGAAUUACGUUUUUACAAGCUAUUCUUUUGAAUCUGAUCUCGAUAUAUAUUAUCUUAACUGAUAGUGCUAGCAUUAUUUGUGCUCAUCACUUGUUAGGAGAUACAUUUCAGGAUGACAAACAUUUUAUUUAUCAUUCAAAUUUUAUUUUCGUUGUUUAUUCCUAUCUGGUUGUACUUUUGGAUUAACAAAAAGUGCAAGGAGCAGAGUACAUCCUGUUUGGAUUUGAAACACAAUGUAUCAAAUAUACAUUUCCUGUUGAAACAUUGGUGGGCAGAGCAUUGCAUUCAGAAGAACAAGAGGAAAGAAAAAAACUCGCGUAAUGAUAAGGAAAAACAUGUGACAAAUGCAAAUAUUGAAGAUAAAGAUGGUGCCAACAGUGUAUUCUUUUAUGCCGCAGACCAAAAAGGAAACUCCUUGUUUGUUAAAUUUACUCACAGAGCAUCCAAGAUAGCAGAAGUAUCACUGCAACUUACUACGUCUGAUGGACAAGUAUACGUUUUACCUGCCUACCCAGACACUACAUUGACGACUGGUCUGAACCAAGGAUGGACCGCUGCGGGUCUUAAAAUCGAAUUUUUAGAAUCCGAGCGACGUUGGAGGAUAAUUUACAAUGGGAUGCUGCGGAACUUGUCUCGCGGUGAUGAGUGCACCGACGAUAACGUCGAACAUAUUCGUUUGAAUUUCAUAUUUAUCGCGCGUAGAUCAGUGUUGAGAUGGCCAGAAGAUUGGAGCACACAAUUACACGCGGAAGCGUUAGCUUGCGAACGAUGGGAAAGUUCUGAAUGGAUAAAUAAAAUAAAAUUAUUGGAACACACAGGAUAUGAUCUAUUUGGAUCUAUGCUUGGUCAAGUGACAUAUAAAAAUGGAUCUAUUUCGACACUAUAUUUGCGUGGACUUCAUCAGCACCGCUGGGGGAAGCACGAAUCUAAUGAAUUUCAUGAAUCAGUUGUGUUGUUUGGAGUAUCGUCAUACGGGGCUACGUUUUAUCUCGACAUGAGUAGUACAAAACACAGUUUUUCUCAAAUACAGUUUGGUCAGUUCAGUGAUAAUAACGAAGAGAUCCGUACGAUUAAUAAAAUAGGGCUUACACUGUCCGAUUUCAAAACUGAGAAAUUUAAUACUAGUACGGAAUACAAAACGUGGUUUAUAGCUAACAAUAAACGAUAUGACGUUUCUGUAAAACUUGGUAAUUCGGUUAAGUUUUAUUACGGUCAACCAUGGAAUUGGUCAAAUAAAGUCGUUACCGUAAAGUUAGAUGUGAAUGGAAUAUCCGGCACUGGAUUACUACAAUUGCGGUGUCCUUAUGACGGACCGUGUGAAAAAAAGACACGUCCACAAUUGCAAUUUUUGAAGUCCAUUGACACCUACGUUCAAAAGAACGAUUACGUCGUUCGAUUUGAUGAUGGAAAAUGUCAGAACGAAAGUAUCGUUGGUGGAAAAGGAUUAUCACUGGCUAUGUUAACUUCCAUCAAGAAUGCAGAUUUCACUGUGCCGGAAGGAUUCUGUGUGACUACUUUUGCCCUUGAAUUGCAAUUACGCGCCCACGAAAAAUUGAAGAGGAUAAUUGACGAUAUCGAAAGUGUCAGUGUUGGAAAGAAGGAUGGCGACUUCGAGAAACACUGCGAGGAUGCUAUGCGUGUUGUCGAAUCUACCCCUAUAGUCGAAGAAGUGAAGAAUGCAAUUAUACAAGCGAUAGAAGAUUUAGAAUUAGAAAAUGAUAAGAAACCGUACAAAUAUGCGAUUAGAUCAAGCGCUGUAGGCGAAGAUAGCGAAGAAACUUCAGCGGCUGGUCAAAAUUCGACGUAUCUGGGUAUUCGUGAUGUGGACAAUAUCAUUAAGAGCGUAGCCAAAUGUUGGGCAAGUUUAUUUUCGUAUCAGAGCGUCAGAUACAGGAAACAGCAUGGCAUGUCUGUAAAAACGUCAAUGGGAGUGUGUAUACAAAGAAUGGUAGACGCUGAUGCUGCUGGCGUCAUGUUCACCAGGCAUCCGACCACUGGUGAUCCUUCGGAAAUUAUUAUUACGGCCAAUUACGGAUUAGGAGAGUCCGUUGUGUCGGCAACAGUUGAGCCGGAUACGAUAACUGUUCAUAGAAGCUGGAAUAAUAAAUUAAGUAUGAAAAGUUCAACAGCAGGAAAUAAAAGGGAAAAAAUACUAUCAGGUGAUAAUGGAGUGGUUACGAUUGAAUUAAAUGACCAAGAGAAGGAGAUAGUGUGUUUAUCAGAACAAUUAUCGCUACGUCUAGCCGCUAUAGGGAUGAAUUUAGAAUAUUUGUUCGGCAGUCCUAGAGACGCUGAGUGGGCGGUGAUCAAUGAAGAUAUUUAUUUACUCCAAGCACGACCUAUCACUACUUUAUACACGUGGACAGAUUUUGAGUUGAUACACGAAAACGAUACAGGUGUUCCUAGCGACAUCGACAUAAUUACGUUUGCUAAUGUAGGCGAAGUAUUUCCGAAUCCGGUGUCACCUUUAACAACUUCUGUUGUACUGGGCACAUUUAAUUCGGGGGUAGCUAAUGUGUUUAAAACUUCGACUCGUAGUUUCUUCCAUGUCGUCAGUUUGAGAUCUGCCGUGAAUUAUUAUGACAUGUUCUUACCGCGACCUGGUAAAACGGUGUCGCUUAUGAAUAAAAUUAGUGACAUAGCUGUUUGUGGAAACGUCGUAAUAACACCGGAGAUCCAUAGGAUCGCUUGUGAGAGAAACGGUAAAGCAACUACUUUUCUUGAGCUAUAUGGAUUCUACGACAUGGUGAAAGCUGCGAUGAAGAAUAGCGAAAUCGAAGAAACUGCGAAAAAGUGCCGUGAAUCUUUAGUAUUUAAUGCAGAUGAUUUUCAUACUGCUCAUAGUUUGUACAAUGAAAUUAAUCAGCAAUUGGAGAAGUUUAUAAUAAUUGGUGCAUGUCAUAUGCAUACAACAAGGGUCAGUAUUAUUUAUCAAAUCAUUGUAUUAUCAUUGCUGACGAAAGGCUACGAGAACUUGGUGUCAGACCAUUUUUCCGACAUCGCACUUGUAUUAGGCUCUUGCAGCGAAAUCGCUAGCGGCGAAGUGGUAACUGGUCUUAAAAAAAUAUUGAGGUGCAUUAAAACAUAUGAGAAAAACGACGAAUUUCAAAAGAUAGAUCCCCUUGAAGCCAUAAACUGGUUAAAAGUUAAUUGUCCGAUUGCUGCGAGCGAAAUAGAUAUUUUUCUUAAAACUCAUGGUCAUAGGUGCAUUCAAGAAAUGGAUUUCUUGUCAGAACCAUGGUCCCUUAAACCCGAGAAUCUUAUUAGGACGCUUCAGAUGAUGAAGAAUACUGAUAUAGCCAAUUCGAACAAAGCACUGACCGCAGAGGAUACGAUAGCGCUAUUAAAGACACCAAAAUCAUCGCUCACGAAAUGGAUUCUGAAGAAAGCUGUGCCACAUUCUAGGAAAGCUGUAGUACGUCGAGAACUGACGAAAGCGAUAUUGGUAGAUCUUAUACAUAUAUUUAGAUUGGCUUAUAGAAGACUAGGAAAAUUGAUGGUUUUGGAAGGAUAUUUACCUGAAGAGGAUUUAAUAUUCUUUUUAACGAAGGAAGAGAUAGGACAGAUACUAAAUGAUCAUAAUACUGCACUCGUACAAAAAGCUUUCCGAAGGAAGAGACUUUUUCCUCGCCUGUACGAGUUAAGGUAUCCAGAAAUUAAUAUUGGAAUGCCGAUUCCUGAGAAGGUUGAUUUAGAUGUAACGAUUGACGAAGACUCUAUGAAAGUUCAAGGGACACCCGUGUGCGGUGGUUCUAUUUCGAAUAGAGCAUGCGUAAUCACAGAUAUAGCAGAUGCCAAAAAUAUACAACAAGGUGAUAUUCUAAUCACCCGUUCGACCGAUGUUGCUUGGAGCCCAUACUUCCCGCUACUGAGCGGUAUUGUUACGGAACUGGGAGGACUUAUUAGUCACGGAGCUGUGGUAGCCAGAGAAUACGGGCUUCCAUGCAUAGUCGGGGCUAAGAAAGCAACACAACUUUUCCAAACAGGGGACAUUGUAUUGUUAGCCGCGGAUGCUGGUGUCUUACAAUUGGUGAAGAAACACAAUUAAAAAGAAUACAAUUUUAUUUUCUCUUGUACCACGUAUAUUUGUUUCAUAUUGAUAGCAAAUUAUGUAGGGACUGGAAUAGAGAAAUUUACUGUAACGAUGAGGUAAAGUUAACAAUAUCAAAAUGCGCACAAUAAAUACUUACUUAAACCUUUAAA